GGCGAUGCAGGUGCGGGGGGUCACGCCAAACGCGCGGUCGUUCUUCCAAGAAUUCAGCGAGAUUGCGGUGGAAGAAGCGAAGGCGUUUGGACUGGUCGGGAAGGGCGGAAAGUAUAGAAUGGGUUUUGAUGACGUUCGCGCGAAUUUUCAGAUUUGCAGACAGGCUGUAGCUUCUAUGGACGUCGACUGGUGCACCACUUCGCUUAUGCUAAUGCACUACUUGCUGUUCUUACGUCGUUUUCGUUCCUCUUCCUCGCUCUAUGGGUCUCAGUUGUAUUGCAUGGAAUUUUAUUGCGUGCGGUAAAAAAUAAAAAUCACAAUCAAGUACCCAUCAAAACUCGUCGGUCUUCUUCCCAGGUCACCGCUUCCGCCCCGGUGUUUCGGUUCUUACCUCUCCGAUUUGCAGAAAGAUUUUAUCCCGUUAGAUGCGAUCUCUUCCGCGAACCAGCUGCAAGCUAUCAAAAGGAAAAAUCCCUCCUCCCCAUAUCAAAAAGGAGUUUCUGAUGCUGGAUUUGCGUACACAAAUCUGUCUUGCAGUGGAGGACGGCAGGCCCAUACCAAGCGUCAGUAGAAGGGUUCUGACAAAGGCGCGUAGCAUGCAAAUAUGUACGCUGUAGGGCCCAUAGCAUCACAAACUGCCUGCAUAAUGUGGCGGAGUCUCUGGAUUGGCCUUGGUGCAAUACAGAGACGAUUUGUGGCCACAAAUCAGCAUCACAAAUUUUCAGAGUUGUUCCUUUUCGGUAUGGGGAGGGGGGAUUUUUCGUCGCGAUACAAGCGCAGAAGAAUUUGCUGCAGGAAGCACUGGAAUUGGUGAAGCCCUUCCUGUGUCAACUGCAAAAGUGUCUGGGUCUGGAAGAGUCGGGGCUUGUCAUGCACAUUUUGCAUGACCCGUGAGGUCUGUGAUGCUGGUGCUAGCAUCACAGAUUUUAUUUUGAGAGCUUCUCGAUGCAGCUAAUUACGCAUUAGAAAUGCCCUGUCUGCGUGCCAAGAGCUGACUCCUCUUGCUGCUCAUGCAACGCAGACAUUUUUAGAAUCCGCAGACAGCAUUACAAGUUCCACUCUUGCAGACCUCCAGGGAUAUUUGCAAUCCAUAUCCUGGAGCAGAUCCGGAAUUUGGUGAUUUUACUCGAAAAAUACACGUGUAACCGGAAGGAGAAGGAGCGGAUUGAGCUGCUAAAAGCCUCCGGGCUGUACGAACCCCCAGACCCGCCGCCAGAGGUGAACGAAGAGGAAACGUAUCCACAGUAAAUUUAUUCCCGUACACGACGUACAAAUGCGGUCUCUGCAGGACAAAACUUGGCUCCGAUCCUAGUUUAGCAUGACAAUUGAUGUUACACUCCAAAGUGGCGACAUUUGUGAUGCAUCUUGUACAUGUACGGGAAAUUUGUAUUGCAUAAAACGGACGAGUUUUACACGACACUCUUUGACCAGGCGAUUUUUCAGAAGCUCCUCACCGAGUUCCCGAUCCAGGCGCAUAGGAUUCUACUGGAGAAAAUGGUGUUGCUGGACAUGUUCUUUAACAGUUCGGCGGAGUAUCCGGCGCAGUAAAAUUACCGCAUCUACUUCUAGUACACAAAGGAUCUUCCUAACGUAUUGGGCACUUUUUGCAUGACACGCCUCAUUUCGUGUGUUCGUUCAGGAGGAGUGGAAUUUGUCUAAUGCAUGUUCUUGCACGUGUAGUAGAAGUUUUGGUAAAUUUGUAUUGCAUACGAGCAACAACGGAUUAUUCCACGAAUUGAUGGACGCGAUGGUAUUGAGGAUAAAGUACAAGCACUUCUUCGACCCGUAUGCAUUGCAAAUACGCCUGGGUCUGGAACAGUGCCAAGUUUGUCAUGCAUAUUUUCUAUGACCCAUGAUGCCUGUGAUGCAUGCCCUAGCACCACAGAUUCUGCGAGAGCUUUCUGAUGCUCAUACCGCAUGAGAAGUUUCCUCUUGUUCAUGUGGCAAAGAAAAACAGCACCGCUUUUGCUGUUCAUGCAAUACAGGUUUUAUCAUGUAGGAUUCCAAAGUUCGAAGUAUCACAAGUUGCAUCCUCCCAGACCAGGCAGACAUAUUUGCAAUGGAUAACCCGCCCCUGGUGGCGAUUGACAUUCUGGUCUGCGAAACGCCGAAUCCAGACAUCCCGGGCGGCUACAUUGCACUCACGAACGAUUUGAACUACCUAUCGUCGAAAAACAAGCGUGUCGCGGAACAGGAUGCGGCCUUGGCGGCACAGGCAGACGACGCCGACGACAAUCCGAAGAAGAAAGUGGAAAGGCUGAUGGCGCUGCGCGUGCGGGAGAAGGGACGGCACGUGUUUCUGAUCGGGAAACGUUUCGAUCCGCUCACCAGCUGGCCGGUAUCCUUAGGGUGGAUCUAUUUGUGUUCAAGAAGAUUUGAAGAUUUUUGAUGAGGAUGCGGAAUGAUCAUGAGGAAGUUAGUUUGACGAGUACACGACCAAGUUUCAUCUUGUUCUUCACUUUCACUAUGCACGACCAAAAACCAGAAAAAACCCAGGGCGUCCCAAAAGUGAAACUGGAGGCGCACAUGAGCAACAAGACGAAUUUUGCCGCCUAUCUCCCCCAAUCCGGCCCGGAAACGAUCGACGAGCCGGGAAUUUUGG